UCAUUUAGGACCAGGGGCGGACUGACAACUCAUGGGGGCCCCCCGAGCAAUAGGGGAUCAUGGGGCCCCUGUGUCCUUGCCCAAACUCAAAAAAAGCCUAUGAAAAAGGUACCAGGGGCAUCUCAUGGGGCCCCCUACUGACCCUGGGCCCUCGGGCAGUACCCAAGUUUUUCCUCAUGGUCAGUCCGCCCCUGUUUAGGACUAGUAUAUGUAAUCCCAGUUGGGUCAGAUGAAUCCUCACUUCUUAAAGAUUCCAUCUCUCCACCUUCUCUCCAUUGGAAUGAAUUGAACUUUUUCACAUUAUAAUUUUAUUUUAUUUUAUUAUUAUUUUU